CAUCCGGGGGACACUCGGGCCUCGCGGCCGAAACCCUGGGUGACUAGUUGACGUUAUUGUGGAUUACUAAUCACGUUCCUCGUGUCCAAGCAUUAUUUACCCAUCAUGUAUUGGAUGGAUAUCAGUCGACUCACCACUGCAAUGCUAUGCAUAUCACUUGUCUCUUCAUUUGCCCCUGAGACACCACCCCCUCAACGCCCCAACACACAAAGGGAUUAUCUCCGGUUAAAUUAUCCCCAAUAUCGAUCAGAUUGCGGCUCCAGCCAAUCGGCGCAGACCACGACUCCACCCGCGAUCUCGAUCUGUGUCAGUGCACCAAUCACGGUCUCCGGGGAAUAACCCGGCGGGAGAACCGGCGGCGUGUUUUGGGGAUGGCCGGUGGCAGUCAGCAGCCACCCU